AAUGGCCGUCCAACAAAUCAUGUAUUAGCAGUUGAGUUUGAUACGAUUUAUAACCCUGAUUUUGACAAUAUAAAGGAAAAUCAUGUGGGGAUCGAUGUGAAUGACCUGAAAUCAAAUGUAUCAGCUCCAGCAACAUAUUUUGCCAAGGAAGAAGGAAGGAACAAAACCUUGAACCUCAUAAGUGGAGAUCCCAUGCAGGUUUGGAUAGACUAUGAUGAAGAAGAAGGGUUGCUGAAUGUAACUCUAGCACCAAUCACAAGCCUAAAGCCCGAUUGGCCUCUCCUGUCAAUUGUCAUUGAUCUGUCUCAAAUUUUCUUGGAUGAAAUGUAUGUUGGUUUCUCAGCAGCUACUGGUGAAGCUCCGAGUGACCACUAUAUUCUUGGAUGGAGUUUUUCCAAGAAUGGAAAAGCACAAAGCCUCCCAAUUUCAGAGCUUCCACAGCUCCCCACGCAUGAUGGAAAAAGUAAGAAGCUAGAAGGAUUGGUUAUUAUUUUGUUAGUAGCAGUUGUUGCACUUGUAGCAAUCUAUGGAGCUGGUUAUCUUUUUUGGAGAAGGAAAUACGGAGAAGUACUUGAAGAAUGGGAGAGGGAAUAUGGACCUCAAAGGUUCUCAUACAAGACUCUCUACCAAGCAACAAGGGGCUUCAGCGACAAACAACUUCUGGGAUCUGGAGGAUUUGGAAAGGUAUAUAGAGGAACACUUUCUUCUUCCACUGCACAGAUUGCGGUAAAAAGGAUCUCCCAUGAUUCAAAACAAGGGAUGAAGCAAUUUAUCGCAGAGAUUGUAAGCAUGGGAAGACUAAGGCACAGGAAUUUGGUGCAGCUCCUCGGAUAUUGCAGGCGAAAAGGAGAACUUCUCCUGGUAUAUGAUUACAUGCCUAAUGGAAGUCUUGACACGUUCUUGUUCAGCAAUGGAAGACCACUCCUUACUUGGUCUCAAAGGCAUCGAAUCCUCAGAGAUGUUGCAUCUGCCUUGCUUUACCUUCAUGAAGAAUGGGAGCAGGUUGUUCUACACAGAGAUGUCAAAGCUAGCAAUGUUCUGUUGGAUUCAAAUCUAAAUGGAAGAUUAGGAGAUUUUGGACUAGCAAGACUACAUGAUCAUGGUGCGAACCCAGAAACUACUAAACUGGUGGGAACUAUAGGAUAUCUUGCUCCAGAGAUUACCAGAACCGGGAUGGCAAGUACUAGCACUGAUGUGUUUGCUUUCGGGGCAUUUCUGCUUGAAGUAGCCUGUGGAAGGAGGCCUAUAGAGCAACAGAGACAGCCUGACGAAGUAUUCUUGGUUGAGUGGAUCACAAAAUGCUGGAAAAGAGGAGCUAUUUCUGAUGCUUGUGAUCCAAGAUUGGAAGGGAAUUUUCCAGUGGAGGAAAUGGAGUUGGUUCUGAAACUGGGACUGCUAUGUUCACUGCCACAGCCAUCAGCCAGGCCUAGCAUGAGGCAAGUGCUCCAGUGCCUCGAUGGGAAUACCAGUUUGCUGGAUUUUUCACCAGAGAACAUUGAAAAUGGUAUGGCCACAAAUGAAGAGGAUAGUAUGCAUACAAUCCCACUGACACCUCCAAUCAGCAGAGGUUUUCUCCCAAGGUUAUCAACUUUUGCAACAGCUAUCCAUGUCAUUAGCAACUGCAGGAUUAAAAACAGUUAACCAAUGCCAGAAGAAAGAGGAGAGCACAACAAGCAAUCAGUUCUGGUAAGGCAUACCUUGAACAAACUGAUGGAAGUUACGUGAAGUAGCUUAGGUGGCAGUAGCGGUAUAUCAGUGCCAUCAAGCUGCCCCAGUUCAGUUUGGUUAAACUGAAAAUAACCAAACUGUUUUGUGUCCUUUUCUAGUCAUAUUUCUAGUUGGAGCCAUGUGAUGAUGUGUAUUAUUUUGAUAAUAAAAUAUUGUUGUAAAA